UUCACCAAACAGAUUUUGCAUUUUAUUCCGUUUCUUAGCUUGAAAGUGUUGGCACACGGUUGUUACGUGUGCUGCUGUAAAAGUAAACGCCUUUAGCUUUGAAACAAUUUUAAGAACAGUUGGCUUUAUUAUUCAAACGUUUACGCCUUUAAAUCUUUAAUUUGUUUAUUUAAAUCGACAAACAGGUGCUUCGAACGUUUGAAAAAGGCAUCAAAUAAGGGUUGAGAAGCAUUCCAAGCGCUCAACUCUUUCCUCUGUAAGAGUUCAGAGAAGCCAUCAUUUCUAGUCCGCAAAAAAGCCAAUUACCUUUUAUUCUUGAAAAAUGGCUUUGUUCAUCGCUACCGUCGUCCCUAGUGGAUCAUGGCGAGAAAUCAUCCCUGAAAGCAAGCAAGUGUAUAAAUCGGGAUAUCGAAAAGAUAAACUUAAUCGAUCCCGAGUUAUUCGUAAACCAAUCUAUGUUACCUACGCAUCUGAGAGAGGCCUCGUGCCGUGUUUUGAUUACGCCCGCAGCAAGAAACUUGCGCCAAGGCGGCCCCAGUGUUUUAAAAGAGAAUUUGUCAAAUAUUGCUCCCCAAGUGAAAAAUCCGAGAUUGCAAGUGAAAAUGGAAAUGUUCGGAGAUCUCUCCGAGUUGUGCCAGCCCAGCGUUGCAAUGGCACAACAAAGUGCUACAGAUGAACUUAAUACACCUGUCUUUGAAAAGGCGCGUUUCAAUUAUGAUCGCCCACUCUCCAGGUCUGAUCUUCUUGAUGUUCCUGCUUCAUUAGAAGAUCCGUUCAAUUAUAAACUAAAAAAUGAGUUAUCCAGUAUGAAUACUGUAAAUAUAAAUGAUACAAAUAAUAUUAUUAUGCAAGAAGACAGCAAUGUUUUGCUAGAAAAUAGUGACAUGACCAACAUGCCGAACAUGAUAACCACCGACACUGAUCAGUUGAAUUAUGUAGUACUCGGUAGUCCAGGCUUAAAUGACCAACAGCCUAAUGAUCAUGUUCCGUGUCAUUUGGAAUACAGUAACGUAUAUUCUAAUAGUAAUAAUACAGUAACCCCAGUUUAUGAACUAGUUUGUGAUUAUGAAGAAUAUUUACCUACAGUGAACAACUACACUGAUAUUUUCUUCAAUAAUAAUAGCAACACCAAUGAUGAACAAUCUCACAGUGAUCAAUACAUUAAAUUAGAAACAACUUCAAUAUCCAGUCCCGAUUUAUCAAAGAGCUCUGCCGACUGCAGCAACAGCAACUCUAGGCUUACACUAGAUCUCGAUACAAAAUACAAAAACUUGGAUUCUCUAGAUACACCAGACGUAAUAGAAACAAUAGACGCAAUAGAGUCUGAGAAGGCAUUCAACAUACUAAAUUUUAUUACAGAGGAGGAAUUUGAUACAGCCGAACCAAUAUUUUCGCCAUUAGAUGUACCAUCAUUCUUCCCAACUACAUCCGAUGAUUCACAUUCAGUCACCAAACAGACACGCAAAAGGAAACUCAAGACCCACGAUUCGGAUGACGAAGACUAUGUACCACCUCCAUCUUACCAACGAAUAUUUGGGUCUAAUAGGAAGUUACCUAAAUUAUCUAUCGAUUCAGAAUGUGAAUCAACGCAGAGUCGCAGGGGCCGACCACCAAAGAACUACUCUACAAAUGUGUCUGAAUGCAGCAGCGGAAGUAAUGAUAGGUAUAGGGAAAUGAGGGAUAAAAAUAACGAGGCCUCACGAAAGUCGCGACUCAAAAGGAAAUUAAAAGAAUGUGCGCAAGAGGACGAGGCAGAUGAGCUGUUAGAGAAAAACAUGAAAUUAAAAGCGCAAGUUGCAGAGUUGGAAAAAACUGUGAACAAUUUUAGAACAAAUCUUAUGCAAAUUUUACUGAAAAAGUGAAUUAUUACUGUGUGACAUUUUUUUAAGAUAAUUAAAAAUUUAUAAGAUCUUCGGGGGUUACUAUUACAUUUAUUCUUAGGUAUUUAGUGUUUGUUCUCGUAGUUUAUUUAGAAUGGUACCACAUGUUUACAUUUUUAAUUUUGUUUGCGAAUGUUGUGGAUAUCUAUAAAGGACUUAUUUUAUUUCA